CCCAUAGGGCCGUCCCGAGGCCGAGGGGCCGUGACGGAGCAAGCCUGGACCCUGGACCCUUUAUCUCGCGAGAACACACGGGCUUGGACAACAAGUACGUGGCUUCAUAGGCUGAGGAGGACUGGGAGUGUUUUCAAGAUAAAUAUACGGGAUGUAUAUUAACCCUAUUUGAACCGAUUUGAACGGAUGCUUCAGCAGCGGUACCGGAAGCAGAAUAACGGGAGCAGCGGUAGUACCGGGGUUUGUACCGGGAGCGGUACCGGGAGCUGGACGGACUGCCGCCGGUGCAGGAGCCGCUGCUGAAGGCUUCCCUGCGGACUGCUAACGGCAGCCGGCAGCCUGUCGGUGUGAUAUGGCGGAGAGCGGCUCUCUGCCGAGCUCGACGCUUCCGCCGCCGAGGACUCGCAUCUUUAAGAUCAUCGUGAUCGGGGACUCGGGGGUCGGUAAGACCUGCCUCACCUACCGCUUCUGUGCCGGGAGGUUCCCCGAGAAGACCGAGGCCACCAUCGGGGUGGACUUCCGGGAGAGGCUGGUCGAGAUCGACUGCGAGAAAAUCAAGAUCCAGCUGUGGGACACCGCGGGUCAGGAGCGCUUCAGGAAGUCCAUGGUGCAGCACUACUACCGCAACGUGCACGCCGUCGUCUUUGUCUACGACGUGACCAACGCGUCCAGCUUCCGCAGCCUGCCGGCGUGGAUCGAGGAGUGCAAGCAGCACGCUCUGGGCACAGAGGUACCCAGGAUCCUAGUCGGAAACAAGUGCGACCUUCAAGACUCGGUCCAAGUGGGCACAGACGUGGCGCAGCAGUUCGCCGACGCCCACUCCAUGCCCCUGUUUGAGACGUCUGCCAAGAACCCAAACAGCCAGGGAGAUGGGAGCGGUGGCGGAGGAAACAGUGACCACGUUGAGGCGAUUUUUAUGACGGUGGCCCACAAGCUGAAGUCUCAGAAGCCCCUGGUGUUGAGCCAGCCGCCCGGGGGAUCGGGGGGUACCGUCCACCUGAGCAGGGGGAGGGACGACGGGGGAGACGGGGCCAGGAGCUGGGGCUGCAGCAGCUGCUGAGGCUGCACAGGACGACCCCGAGAGAAUGAAAAGGGAAGUGGAGUGGAGGAGCGGCUGAGCGGCUUCACAAUCAGCACAAACGCGCAGAUGAAUCUCGUUCCAAAGCUCGCGCUUAACUUUAUAAAUGACUUUAAAUGUUUUAAAGUGGUAUUUACAGUACAAUUGUUGUUAUGUGAAAGCCAAAAUCUGUCGUUGGUUCAUGGAAAGGAUCCUGAACAAGAGGCCAACUAUCUGAUUCUAAAUCAGUUCUCCUUCAGUCGUUAUUUAAGUCUGGAGCCUGCACCGCCGAGCUUUAAAGUCACUUUUUCUUCAUGGAGUAAAGUGGCAUUAACACAUGAUUUGCCAUAGAAAUGUCUUUGUUUCUACAACAGCUUUACUAAGAUAUGAUGGGAGAGCAGACCGUUGGGGGUGGACAUAAUAACAGAAGACAUUAUGAUACAAUCUAUUUGGUUUUGAUUCAGCCGUCUCACUAAAACACAAAGUGUAGAUGUGAAUGCAUUUCCUUCUUUUAAAAUGUAUUUGCAAAAGGCAAUAUUUCAAAUAUUUAGAAACUAUCUAUGUAUCUACCGUAUUAAACUGCUGAAUGUGUUAUCGCCACCAGCUGCGGGUCAGUCUUUACCAUACGUGUACGUUCAGUACGUUUCAGUAAAAAAGAUGUCUGCUGCCACUCGUGGUCAAAAAGCUCACAGGGCACCUUUUUUUUUUUUUUUAUAAAUCCAAGGAUCAGAAACCUUGAUUCUUUAGAAGUCAUGUCAGAUCAAUGUUGUGUUGGCAGCACAUGCUGAGCCAACUCAGUGAAAAGAGGGAUUACUGAACAACAACCUCGGUAAUCCCAUCCAGGUUUACCCAAAAUCCUAAGGGAAUACUCGACCGCUCCGUUUUUGAUACGUUUCACUGUGAGGGCAGCUGGGAGCUCGGUGUCAGCAGUCAAGGCCUGCCCACUUUGGGCUGGCAGUCAGCUGAUGAGUCAUGCAUGGUCUUAUUGGAGGCCUCCUCCCACUCUCUGCUGUAUCACAUGACCCUGUUCGUUCUCUCGCGCAGGGCUCCAGACUAACUAGUGACUCAACUUACUGAUAAAUGCUCUGGAAAUAUAUUUACAGAAAUAACAACGUGCUGUUCUGAAUGAAAAGUAGUGCUUUAAAAAUAGUCCUGAAGUAAUCUUUCACGUUGCUGUGAGUGGUCGGCACUGCGUGCCAUGAAAAAAGUAAUCCCAACGUAACAAUCAGUGAUUUGGUCAUCCUCCCAGAGGACCGGGUAACCAGCUGCCUGCAAGGCUCCGGAUCGUUAGCAUUUCAUCUUUAUUACCGCGUUACUUUAUCUACCGGUUGUCGUAAACAGCAGGACGGGACUAAAUGGUGGCAGUGUGGGGUCAGCCGGCCCGUCAGAGAGGGAAAGGGGCCGUUCUUCUGUAGCGCGCACCUCUGCAGGUGCUGUACAUCAAGGCUGCUGCCGUCAUCCCCAGCUUCUCCUGUACGGAAGCUUGUGAUUCAGUAUUCAGCAUGUCGCGGUUAGAUCCUUGAGCCGGGUGGCGUUACCAUGCACAGCUCCUCCGCUGCUCACGCUCUGCAUCACCGCUCACUGUGACGGUUUGAUGGGUUUAUGUUUGGUUGCUGCUUUCUUCAAGUGUCCUUUGUUUUUAAUACAUUUUAAACUUAUUUAAAGAUUGGAGGGACACGGACACACACACACACGGACACACACUCUAAGGCUUCCUUUGCCUCAUCUUCACUUCAGCCAUGAACACAUAACGCUCCUGUAUCUCUCAUUGCCCAGAAAGAAAAGUGCUAUCCCUUCACAGUGACUAAGAACCAAACUACUGGGAGGAUAGAACGGUUUGUAAUAAAGUACCCUGAACAUUUCAAA